UAAUAUAUAGAGGCUAUUUGCCAACAUGGCCGCGCCCAUCAUUUCUGUUUUUGACACAGAUGCCGAAGUAGCAGAAAGACUGUGUUCAUUUGUUAUUGAGAAAGCAAACGCAGCAAUCGCUAUUCAUGGAAUUUUUACAGUCGGUUUAUCAGGUGGCAGUCUGGUGAAAUACCUCUGCGAUGGGCUGCCUGGGAAGGCUACAGACUGGUCCAAGUGGAGGAUAUUCUUCUGCGAUGAGCGCUAUGUACCGUAUGACAGCACAGACUGCACAUACACACCUUACAAAAAGGGACUGGUCGACAAAGUGGGCAUGAGCUCAGACAAUAUAUUUCCAAUUGAUCCAAAUCUCUCAGUCUCAGAGUGCGCCCGUGACUAUGCAGAGAAGAUCAGGCAUGUGUUUCCUGGCCUCGGCUUGCCACGGUUUGACAUGCUGCUGCUGGGCAUGGGACCGGAUGGGCACACCUGCUCACUCUUCCCGGGUCAUCCGCUUCUACAGGAGAGGGAACAGAUAAUUGCACCAAUCACAGACAGUCCAAAGCCUCCCCCUUGCAGGGUCACCAUGACCUUGCCAGUUGUGAACAAUUGCAGGUGUGCUGUGUUCGCAUCAUGUGGAGUGGCCAAGGCAGACAUGGUGCAGCGAGUAUUAGAAGGCUCUGGUGACCCCCCCUUGCCCGCCGCCCUUGUUCGGCCCACAGAUGGGGAACUGCACUGGUUCCUGGACAAAGGGGCCGCUACUAACCUCAAACAGAAACUGUGAUACACUGUGUUGACCCAAGCAUCAUCAAUUUAUUAAUGAGCCGCGAUCUGUAAAAGCAGGACUUAAUGCAUCUCCUUAAUAUGGCAUGCCAGAUAAGUCAGUGCAGGAUGAACAGUCUAAUCUGGGACGACACUGUACUCACAUGCAUUAAGCCCUGUUUUCCCAGAACAAGGCUCAUAUACAUUGGUUGACUUUUAUUCAUGAAACUGUUUUAUAUUAUUGUACAAGACAAUAUUUAUACAUGGAUGUAAAAUGUUAUGAUAGCGCCAUUUUUAUUUAAACUAAGUACUGAUCAACCGCCUAAGAUUGCCCACUUGUGCCCAGGAAGAGGUUGAAUAGAUUACCUGUCAACUGUUAUUUGACCAAAACGCUGUUGAAGGCAGCAAGAAAAAAAAUCUUAAAGUUGAUUUUGUUUUUCAAACUUGAUUGCAAUUCUUUUUUUAUCAUAGGCGAUUGUAGCAUUAAAAGCUGUAUUUAUUAUUCAACUUACAGAAGAAUGUUAGGCCGAACACUUUAUUUUAUUUUGAUUUUGUUUCAUUCGCUUUUACAUCAUGUCUUCCGUAGUCUAGUAAUUUCUAUGCAUAUUUACCAGUAUAUUUGCAGCUUAUAGUCAGAAAACUUGUUCAGAGUAACCAGUGUUUAGAGACCAUGGAUGUUGUUUUUGUAAAGCAGUUUUCUUAAUAGAAGUAACUUGGGUGUUCGUCGUCAGAUUGGAUACAUUAACUACAAGUUGCUUGUUCUUUUUGUAUUCGUAGUUCACAAUGCCGGGAGUAAUGUCUACGUAAUCUGGAAGUACACUAUCUUCAGUCUCAUGAAUGAUUGCUGCUGUCUGUCCAUAUUCUAACUCUUUGUCUGUUUCUCCUAUAAUGUCUCUUGAUUCAUUUGGACCUAGUAUUAUUCUAGAUGUUGCUACAGACCUCACUAUGGCAAUCUUAUUCUUGUUUCUCUUAAGUUCUUUCUCUCUUUAAGUAAUACAUCUAAACGCCAAAAACCAAGGAGUGUGUAAAUCUGCUUUCUGUAUGAAUUUUGGACCAAAGUUCUGUUGGCAUUCUUCAAUUUAUUCUGAUAGGACGUUGGUACCAAUUAUGACUGGAGUUCUGGAGGAGUAAUUUGUAUCUGGCGUAAUUAAAAAUAAACAAUGUAGUGGUGAUGAUUUUGGUAGUCCAUGCGUAAUUCUUAGCUCUGUUUCUAUGUAACCUAAAUAUGGAAGUUGCUGUCCAUCAGCAUAUUCUAUUCUCAGGUUGACAAUAUCUUGUAAUGGUUUAAGUGGAGAUGUUUCAGCUAGGUUUUCUUUCCAAUAAAAUUCUGAGAUGACACUAACACAGCUUCCGCUAUCUAAUAGGGCUCUUGUUUCUGCAUUUGCUAUUGUGAGGUUGACUUCAUUUGAGUCACCUACUAAGGUAGGGUCUUUUUUUGAAGCACCACCAUUCGACCCUUUCAUAGUGGCACAUGUUAAUUUGGGCAGAGUCUUGCAAUAUGGCCCUUAUGGCCGCAAUUAAAACAUUUAGGCAAGAAAUUGUGGCUGCCUUGUGGACGUUGUGGUUUGUAAGACCUGCUCCGCUGACUGCCUUGUCCUCUACCAGAGGUUUUACUGAAGCACCUUCUUUGACUCCUACUUAAGUCUCUACCUGUGUACGCUGAUGAAUUAUGUUCAUGUUUUUCUUUUUCUAACCUCUCAAUUCUUUCAUUAAGUUUUAUCAAUAGAUCUUUCAUUUCAGAUAAUUCUGAUUUCUUUGGAUCUACAUUCAUUCCAUGACACUUUUUUUGGCUCAAAGCUUUUAAUUUCUGCUUCCAUGAUUCGUACUUCCAGUUUAAAUUUAUCAUAAUCAUGAACUGUAUCAAAUUUAUACCCCUGCCAUUUGUUUAAGUUCUUUCUUCAAACCUUUAUAUAAAAAUCUUUUUAAAAUCUCAGUGUUGUCUUUACUACAUCCUCCUUGCUUGAUAUUAAUUUAUAUAAGUCCUCUAAUCUCACGCAAUAUGUGGAUAUGUCCUCGCUUGCUUUCUGUUCUAUUGAGUAGAAUCUCUGCAAUAGAGAUUCAACAGUUUCGAUGCAACCAAACUCCUGUUCGAGUUUAUGAACAGCAACAUCCAAUGUCAAACCCACACCUGGUCUUCGUAGAUGGUCGCUAGCCUUUCCUCUCAAGGCUCGUCUAAGUCUGUACAGGAUUUAAUCUUGGCUGAAAAUGCCGUCUCUGCUUGGGGACUUGUAAAGGCAAAUGGUCUCUUGUACUUCUAUGGUUAUAACCUAGUUAACAGUUGAUGUUCACGCAUAUUAUUGCUUUCAAAUAUUUAUUUUUAAAAUAUAAUCAAGAAGGAAUAAAUAUAUGUUUUUUUUGUGAAAUCCUUUUUUGUUUAUUACAUGUAUUGUUUUUUUAUAAGAUUUUUCACCAUAUUUCUGCAUGUUUAAUAUGCUGAUCAGAAAAGAUUUUCUUGUAUUU